CUUGCAAACAAUAAUUAAUUAAUUUCUGAGAUGCAGCAUCUAACAGCUCUUGUCUUGCUCCAUCUUUUGCUCCUACCUCUUGUCUAUGCUCAAACAACAGGAUCUGGGAGCUUGGAUGUAUCCAUUGAAGCGUGGAUAGCAGUAGGUAUAGUGGCUGUAGGAUUCACUGGUAUAAUCCUCAUCAACUGGGUGGUCUUCUUCUGGCGCAUCUGCAGGAUAUGCAGUGAUCACAAAGCUGAAGAGAGAAAUUUCAAGAUCAGGCUGAGUAGAAGAUUAGAACGUGAAGAGAGAUAUCGUAGGCAACCUCAUGUCUCCGAUACCGAGCUAAGAGCAGUUGCCUUGAGAAGAACGAACAACCACCAGGUCUCCAGUCCAAAUCAGCCGAGAUCAUCACAAACAAGACAGGAGCCCAUACCAUCUACUACACUGGCUGGUAUGGCAAGAACGAAUGCGUACCAACAGAGAGGACCAUCCACUGCUAAUGGGAUUCCAAGAUCUACUUCCAAUGGUAGCAGCAUCACAGUGGCAAGCACCAGUUCUAAUAUUGGUAUCAGAAGGACAAGCUCUAACUCAAGCAGCCAGUUGGGGAUGGUUAGAUUGAGCUACAACUCAAAUGAAAUUGGAGCCUUGCAAUCGUCCAGAUCCACCUCACGUGGCAAUGGCAUUGACCAUGUACCUAACACCAUGCCCAACAGCCUCCAGCCCUACAGAUGUGCCCCCGGCCAGAUCCAGCCAGCCGGACCGAGGGUAAUGAUUGGCUCCGCCAACUAUAGAGUACAACUACAGAGCUUGAGUGAGGUUGAAGAGAUGGACGUGAGACCAGAGGCCAGCGAAGGACCACCCAAAUACAGCCAACUCUUCCCUGAAAUGGAGGAACAACAAGGAGCUCAAAGUCAAAGGGACAAAAGCACUAGUCCAUUUACAUUCAACAGACCAGGAAGAACACAAGAGUUUAACCAACUUAGUUCAUGGCCAAACUUUAAACUGUAGAUUUUUGAAACUUUUUAUUGGCAGUUGCUUAAUUAAUAAUUUUAUUUCUGAAAACAAGUUAUACAUGUAUGAAGAUCUAUGAACCAAUGAGAAAUGAACUACAGCUGCAGCUAAUUGUUUCUCCAAUC